ACCCAGUGCUACGAACAAGAACUCGCCUUACAGAAGGAUCGAUAUUCGCUGUAGAAGAACGAUGUCGACUACUAUCAAGACUCACGAAUCUCUCACUCCCGUUUCUACUUCUCAGGCCCCCGCCGCCAUCGGGCCCUACUCGCAAGCCAUCAAAGCCGGCAACCUCCUGUUCUGCUCAGGAUGCAUCCCCCUCGACCCCACCUCCAUGGAAAUCGUCCCCGGCGGCGUCGAAGCCCAAGCUGAACAAGCCCUCAAAAACUUGAAAGCCGUCGUCGAGGCUGGAGGAGCCGAGUUGGGCAAGGUUGUUAAAACUACUGUCUUCUUGAAGGAUAUGAACGACUUUGUGACUGUUAACGGUGUAUAUGCCAAGUUCUUUGGAGAGCACAAGCCUGCAAGAUCGGCCGUGGAAGUUGCCAGGCUUCCCAAGGAUGUUCUCGUCGAGGUUGAGGCCAUCGUUAGUCUGGCGUAGAUGGUAAAGCUCGUUUGUAUGUAAAGAAAGAGAAAUGGAUCUUAAAGUCAUAAUAGCCG